AUGGCCGUACUGAAGAAUCACAAAAAGAGCCCGAGAGUCAAGACUCGGACUCCUAUCAAGGAGAUUCCAGCACCCAUUCCGCCUCUGACCUCGACGCAACCGAUACCAUACGAGGAAUCACCGCAAAACUCGGGCAAAAAUCCAGUGACCAGACACACGUCGCGUCCUUGUCUCUGCGGAAUGUACGGUCCCGGAGGAUGCAAGUGGCAUUUCUUCUACCCAUUCCAUAUGAUUAUCGCUAUCCACGAGAUUCUUCCGUUCAAAGAAGCUUUCGGACGGUCUCUGAUCAACGGUGUCCUUGGGCCACCCACCCCUUCGCUCUCGGAACCUAAUCCGAAAUCCCUCACGGCCUCGCAGAAAGAGACGUUCUUCAUGACGCCUUCGCGCACAAACAAGGACCCAACGUUUGCUAUUAUCAAGACGUUCGCUUUUUCGCACGAAGACUCGGGUGACCCAGGACCUUGGGUUGAGAACCGCGACGAUAAUCAGAUCUGUGCGGGAUGUGGCUGGGAAUAUGAUUCGGCUACUUGGGUGGACCAUCGCGAUUCUUGCUUGGGAAUAGAAGACGCUAUUUUGAGAUCUUUGGUCGAUGUGUGGGAGAUAGAGGCGAGAGCGAAGACGCAGUCUUAA